CGUCGACGUGCACUUCCUGAACCCCGACAGCGGGUUCUUCCUGCGGCCGGAGGACACCCUGGGCGCGCCCCUGACCGCGGGCGUGGGCGGCGGCGACGGCGGCGUGCUGGACGUGAAGCGGUUCACGGUGCUGGACCCGACGCGGCCCACGCUGAUCCGCGCCAAGUACGGCCCCUUCAGCACCAAGCAGACCGUGCCGGCGCGGUACGUGCUGCCGGAGUUCCAGGACGAGGAGGAGGCCAACGCCACGGAGGCCGACCUGCUGGGCCGCCACCUGCCGCCCGUGCCGCACCAGCUGGAGGUGUCCGCCCACCUGGUCAACACGGAGGUCACGCGCGCGCACCCCGCCCUCAGGGUGCUCGUGCACGGCGCCGGCGCGCGCGGGCACCACUCGCCGCACGUGUGCGUGACCGUGAUCGCCCGCCGCAGGAAUGACGCCCUCUCCGCCUCGUGCACGCCCACGGGCGCCAAGGAGACGGGCGGCGACGCCACGUGCCUGGUGACGAUGGCCGUGCCGGCGCGCUGGUGGCCGCCGCACACGCGCGCCACCUUCAAGCUGCCGCGCGUGGCCGUGCAGGUGUCGUACCUGGUGGGCACGGCGGCCGGGCCCAAGGAGUGCGCCGUGCGCGACGCGGGCGGCCCCAACCAGGGCGGCCCCAGGGUCACGGUGCAGCCCGAGACGCCCGUGGGCGAGGUCGUCCUCACGCUGGACCCGCACGGCUACGAGGAGCUCUCGUCCGACCCCUCCCUCCGUGCACGUGCGCUCGUGCCGCGCGCCCCGCUUGCACCCCGCCACCACCUCCACGCGCCGCUCUACCUGCACCGCCCGGGAACCUGCCGGCGCUCGUGCUCGUGCUCAGCCCCUCCGCGGCCCGGCUGCUCCCGCGCCAUGGCCCGCUAUCCUUCGCACGGGGACCUGGCGUCCUACUGCCAGCUGGGUCUGUUCGCGGCGCUGUUCGUGGCCACCAUCGCCGCCCUCCUUCCCGCCGCCGGCUUCGACCACGAGUCCCUGGCGAUCCUCUCCUCGGACGUCCUGCCGCUGGACGGGCGCCUCGGAUGGAACGACGAGAUCCGGCCGCUGGACCUGCAGCCCCGCCAGGCGCUGAAGGACUUCAUUCGGGUCCCACCAGUCCGCUUUCCUGGCUCGCAAGCUGUCUUUUCUCGGCGAGGAGGCGGCCGUGUGGUGGUCGGCACGCCCCGCCUGCGCCAGUGUGCGGGCGGCGAGCGACGACUUUGUGAACAUCUACGGGACGCCCGUGCGAGUGGGCGGGCGAGGCCGAGAGCCCCGGUAAAGGGCGCCGCCAACUUCACGGCCACCCAGGACGGCAGGGGCCCGCGUGGCCCGGUCCCCAACCGCGGCUACUUCCUCGACCUCUUCUCGCCGGCCAUCGCCAACAACGCGUCCUGCAAGGGCAGCGCGAAGGACUGCUACUCGGAGCACCUGACGGCUGUUCUGGCGGAGCUGGAGCAAGGCGAGUGGGUCGACAGCCUGACGAGGACGGUCAGCCUGUCCUUCACCCUGUACGACAAGGAGAACGAGAUCUUCUAG